AUGCAACAGUUCAUUCUGCAGCCGAAGAAGCUCCUGCAGUAUGGCCCUGUGGAUUACAGCUCGGUGCACUGUGUGAGGGCAGAGGCGCUCUCGCUCACCCUCCAUCUCACCAGCACGCCGUCGGAAUGGAUCUGCGUCUCCACCCCUGACGACCCGCUUAAAUCUCAGAUGCUGAUGAUGACGUUGGGCGGAGUCAUUCCCACUGCGAUAUGCUUGUUUGUUUUAGCCGCAGUCGGAGGUUUCGCUUCUUACUACAUCUGUGGUCACAAACUGCGGCUGCCCAAGAGCGUGGACGUGGACAUGAAGCGUAAACUCCAGAUGUUCCAGCCGGAUCCGCCCCGAAUAAACUUAAUCAUCUUCAACAUCACCAACCUGAGCACGGGGGAAUCCAAACACAGCUUCCUCAGCCCAUUUCAUCAUGGUGUUGACAUUCCAGAGUCCUCACCGCUCGCCAUUGUAGAGGACGGCGAGGUCAGUUACGCGCCCCAGGACACCCAGAAUACAUCAAGAGCAUCAGCAGGUCUCCACAGCCACCGCGGCUCUUUGGGGGAGGAUUACGGAUUGGUCUGUCAGGAAGACAGGAUUCAGGUGGCCAGCUGCCUGUAUAAAUCCCAGCAGUGUGUGGGCAGAGUCAACCCAUACACAGCACAGACUGGAACGACAGAACCAGCACAGGACAGAUAUGAAGAAAAUGAAGAUGGAGAGAUGCAGAUGUUUUGUAACUGGGACGAAGAUCCUGGUCAGCUCCAGCUGGACUUCCCUCUGGUUAGCAGGUUCAGCUCAGAAACCACAGAGACCCCGAUGCUUGGGGACACGAUGCUGCUCCCACACCAUCCUGCCCUCACGAGUGUCGUGGUCAAGCAGGGUUCAGAGGAGAGUGAAGAUGAUUGCCUGCUCCUGAAGAUGGAGAAAGACUGGAACCUGCAGAUCCAGAGCACUACCUCCUAGAUUCCUCCGACAUCUGUUUUGAUCAAAGUCAUCAGUCUGGGAUUUUAUUAAACACCCAGCGUUCCUUAUGUUGAUGGACACCAAAUGCUGCUCUUAUGAGUAAAGAUCCUCCUGAUGGCCGUCUGGUUUUUGGUUUGAGAUGGAGAUCAGCUUUUUUACUGGAUAAAACUGGUCUGGGUGGGUGAUGGAAAUGCAGUGUUCAGAAAGUUCAGGCUUUGGGUUGUUUACAGAAAUUCAGCCAAGUUCCACUUUUAGGACAGA